AAAGCAGAGGUAUCAUCACCAAGAUUUUCUGAAUAGAGACACAUGGCCUAUCUCCUCCAAAGAUGUCUCCUAUUUUUCCUCUUCUACCCACUUACAGGGUCAAGUGCUUCUGGAGAAGACUCAGUCCCAAAAAUGGUGACUGGAAUCCUGGGGGAGUCCGUUAUUCUCCCAUUGGAAAUCCCAAAAGAAAAGCAGAUCACAUAUAUUGUCUGGAUUUCCCAGAGGUCUCUUGCCAUCAUAGAGAUAGGAAAUGAAGGAAAAUCACCCAAAAUAAUGAUGAUCAAUCCUGAUUACAUGGGGCGAGUGGACUUCCUCAACGAAAGCUAUAGUUAUGCUCCACAGAUCAGUCACUUGAAGAUGGAGGAUGCUGGCUCCUACACAGCAGAAAUAACUAUAGCAAACAUCGCUGAACCCAUUAAAAAGUUGUUCACCCUCCUCAUCCACGAGCGAUUGACAGAGCCAAAAAUUUCAUCGGGUCCUAGGAUCAAUGAUAAUGGUACCUGUCUUGUCAAUGUAACAUGUUCUGUGGAACAAGGAAGAGAGAAUGUAACAUACAGCUGGAUGCCUGUGGGACAAGGGGAUAAUGCAUCCAGUGGAGGCCCCAUCCUCAGCAUCAGUUGGAAACCUGGUGAUCAUGACCUGUACACCUGUACCGCCAAGAACCCUGUCAGCAACAGCUCCCAUACCAUUCUUGCCAGUAAGCUCUGUGCAGGCAUUGAAUAUGGCCCAAGCUACAUCAGAGUUCUCCUGUACCUCAUGAUGAUCACCAUCCUGGUUAUUCUCUCUAUGUUGGGACUGUCUUUCUGGUACAUUUGGAGAAAGAAAGAAAAAGGUUUGAGCUUUUCUGCAAGAUGAAGAACAUUUUCUUAUCACAGAAUCUCAGUUAGAAGGACUUUCAGAGAUCAUCAGUUUCAAGUCGUACCUAUA